ACUGGACCUUGACCAUUCUUGGAAUCUCUUCUUGACAUGAGUCCACAGGAGUCCAGGCGUCAGACCAUCAGUGCACUGUGCAUGACAUCUUUCCACCACCUUUCGCAUCACCUGUAAUACCUGAUUCCUGAAACUGAAGCUCGUCCACCUGGAGUUCCCAGCGGCAACGCUGCUUGGACGAGAAACGAAACCCCAGUUCUUUAGCUGCUUUGUUCCUCGGCCCUUGUUGCGUUGCUGCUGUGUCCGCUUCCCUUCUUCGUCUCAUCCCCGUCUCAUCGCUUUGGUCUGUUCCAUCACGCCAAAGUCUGCACACAUGGCGGAGCCUCGGGUUCAGGCUGUCCCUGUAGCCCAACCCGCUUACCCUGCGGCUGCAGCGUCCCCUUAUGGCAUCCCUCCCCCAAAGCACCCCACGGCAGCGUAUGACACAGGGGCCAACAGGGAUGUGAAGAAGCUCUCGCUCGUGACUUCGCUGCUGAGAGUCCUGCAAGUCCUCUUUGCAUUGAUAGGUUUUUCGAUCAUGGCAGCGUCCAAGGUUGGGGGCCUCACGUGGGAGGAUGUGAAGGCCUACAAGUUCUGUCUCUCCAUGCUUGUCAUUGUCUUUGUUUGGGCGCUCAUCUUGGCAGUCCUUGAGCUCUUGGAGGCCUUCGCAAAGAUGGCGGUUGGCGGAGGCGUCAAGCCUUUCAUCGUCGCUCUUGGAGAUCUGAUCUUGGCUUUUCUCCUGUUUGGAGCCGCUUGCGCUGCUGCCACUGUCGACACAGACUUCCUAAGCGGCACUCCAAGCGAGUUCAGUUCCAAAGUACGCGCCGCAACCGCGUUCGCAUUCCUCACGUGGUUUGUGCUGGUGCCUACCAUGGUCAUCAACUUGGCCCUGGUAGCUAGCGAGUUUUUCAGCUCGUAGUUAACCUUAAAGGUUUUAUUGUCUAGCAACCACGUAUAAACCCGGUCUUGUACCAUCUAUGCCCGGUUGCGGCUGAGGAUAGCGCUUCAAAGGUUGACAUGCAAGACCAUUGACCAUCACAGAUUGAGGCUAAAAACCGUUGUCUAGGUGUCGCGUAGGUUUGCGUACGUUGCUCACUACUUGGUCUUAGUUGUUGUCCGAGUCAACCGAGGGUCGCUUUUGGAUAGCAAAAGCAAAUCUGUUUGAAUGGCCGUGAUAUGACGCAUUCUGAUAUGAUUAAGGGCAUCGCAGCUAUGCUAGCCUAGACAUUUAGCUUCAUAGGCGUUACAAGGGCCUAACCCAUGAAACUACCAGACGUUUGAACAUUUUCUAUUCUGUACGAAUUGUUGACAGAGAGACUCCAGAUGUGAUUGCAGUCGUUUGUUCCUAGAUUUCGGUCGAUUUGAGCUCUCCAAGAAAGGCCUCACGCUUAAGGUCCUAUGAAAGACUCUGGCGCGGCCACUCUUGAUCCCAGUUGUUGCAAAGGUAUAGUACCGACGUAGAUGAUGAAGCUCCGAUUAACUUGGCUGGGGGAAAAGAUCAUUAUAUAUACGGUCA